UCUCUAAUCGAAUUGGUCUGUUCCCUGAGAUAUUUGUCAGUUUAUAAAAUAUAUUCAUUCUUUAUUUGAAUAGUUUCUAAUUGUGUAUUAAUACAAUUAGUGGAGAUUUGAAUAACACAAUUAGAAAUAAGGCAAUUCAAGAUUCUCAUUUAAAAACUUGCUAAAAAUACUCUUAUUAGGUUCAAUGAAAAUUCUCCACAUUCCUUUCUAAAUUUAGAGAAAAUCAUCUUUCUUCUUCUUCGCCAAUAUAAAAUACUCCUUUCACUAAAAGAAAAACAGAACCGAUCUCUCUUAUUAUUAUUUACCGUGUAGCAAAACAACAAAUGGGUCGGAAAAAGAUCAAGAUGGAGAUGGUUCAGGACAUGAACACAAGGCAAGUCACCUUUUCAAAACGUAGAACCGGUUUGUUCAAGAAGGCUAGCGAGUUAGCCACCCUCUGCAACGCCGAGUUGGGUAUUGUUGUCUUUUCUCCAGGAGGCAAGCCUUACUCCUACGGGAAACCGAAUCUUGACGCUGUCACAGAGCGGUUCAUGAGGGAAUGCGAUGAUGAUUCCGACAGUGGUGGUGAUGAAGAAGAAGAAGAAGAAGAAGAAGAAGAAGAAGAAAGAGGCAAAAGUAGACCUAAAAUGAAGAAAGUGAACGAACGUCUUGAUUGUCUCAAGAGAGAGAUUGAAGCUGAGAAGAAACGAGGCGAGGAGAGGCAGGCAAAGCUUGAAUCCGCUGGGGAUGAGAGGUUCGAGAAGCCUAUUGAGAAGCUUACCAUCGAUGAACUCAAAGAGUACAUGGAUAAGUUGGAAGCAGUCCAUGGUAGGAUCCAAGGUCAAGCCAAUAAGAUGCAGGCUUCGUCUUGUCUUGUGUUUCUCUCCGGGGACAAGGCUUCUGUAGAAUGAAGAUUUAGAUAACAAGAUCCGAGUUUACAUUUUUUGAUAUUCUAUUUUUUGUUUAUUGGCUUACAGAAGUUACUAGUACAUUGAAAGAUCUUGGUUGUUCUCAUCUAUAGAGUGUGACUAUCAAUUUGAUA